UUGGCUACAGAGGCAAUGACGCGUCUAGCAUUUAAACUUUUUCAUUCACGCUUUUGUAUAGCUGUAUUGCUGUCAGCCGUUGGAGCGCUGUGCUGGUGCAGGAAUCAUAGGAGGCACGUAGCUCAGAUGGCUUCUCACCAGCUUCAGGUGUCCGGUUUGAUCAAAUGCUUCAGACAGCAGUGGUCCCUUGUGUGCCAGUCUGAGAGAACCACUGUGUGCGGCGCUGACAACAUGCUACUCACUUUGCAGUUAGCGCUGGCAGAAGUCAAUCGAAAAACUGGAAAAGAGUAUACCGCCUCCCUUAGUGACGUGCUGCUAAUAUGGAAACACUUGGUUAAAGAUAAACUUGGGCUAAUUUCUAAUGGUAUGCCUGCUCCUAAGAGCUAUGAUGAGAUCAGAAAAAGCUAUGACCUGCUUAUGAAAAACAGCAAUUCAUUGGAUCUUAUUGAUUUAUAUGAAAGAUUAUCAACACUUGGCUGCUCUACAGAAACAGAUCUCUCCUCUGACCACUUACUGGAGUUUCUUUCUGGUUCUCAAUCAGAAGAUGCAGAUCUUGGGUUCUUACCAGUUUCAACACCGUGCAAGAAUAAUAUGGAUUUUCUGAAGAUGAAAAGAGUGGUUAAGACAGUCUUUUGUUCAUAUUUACAUCUACUGGUGAAUUCUAAAAAUGACAUUGCUCUAGCUCAAGUACUUAAUUGUCCUGACCGAGGACUUGGCAGAGAAGCUUUCACGGACCUCAAACAUGCUUCGAGAAAGAAGCAGAUGUCCCUGUUCUUGGUGGCAAUGUCAUUUGUAAGAACAGUGGAGCUUGGAGGGAAAGGUUAUGCUCCCUCAGAAUCUGAUCCGUUAAGAAAACACAUGAAAGGACUUUCACACUUUGUUACCUUUAUGGACCGACUUGAUGAAAUUCUUGGAGAAACACAUAAUACAAGAACUACAGGAGAGCUAAUCUUAUCUGCAAUCAAGAUGCAUCUGAUAAAAGGAAGAGGCAGCGGGGAUUCAUUUAGUGAAGCUGUGUUGGAGGUUGCACAGGAGUUGGAUUUAAGGAUUAAAACCAUAAUUAAUUUAUGUAGAGAAGAUACAAGUGAGAGCACCACAGGCAUCAGUCCUGCUCGGCCUAGAAUUCAUGCAAUAAACCGAGGCACAGCUUUAUGUGGUAGAGAAACCAUAAAAACAUUGCUAAUACUCUUGGAUGAAGAAGCCGCUAGUCCUCCCAGCAAAAACAAAGCUGAGCUGUUAUGUGCUGAUGAAGAAAAUGCCAUCUUUGGAGCAAUUUCCCUUUUAUCUCUCUUUAAGACUCCAGAACAGAAUCAUGGAUCCUCUCCCAAACCUCUCAGCCAACGUGUCCAGAAAUGCGUGAACAAAAAUGACCCCAAGCUAAAGCAGAACUUAAUAAAAUCUCAGUUCUCCUGCACUUAUAAAGAGGGCUCCACAACCCAAAUCAAGUUACCUGCUUUUCCCAGUAUGAGUCAAGUUCCAACCUGCAUUCAUCCAGCACCAAAGAUUGUUCCAGUGCUCUGCUUUGACGAACCAAUUGGUUAUGUGCAGAAAGAAAAACCAGCACUUCAGAUAAGGUCAGGAAACACUGACAACAAAGAUGUGAAAGGAAAGUCCAGCGAAGACUCGGAAAGAGUAGGAAAGACUGUACAAAAGAGUAGGAAAAGAAAGCAGGUAGACAAAGGAGAAACUCAUGACAAGCUAGAUAAUGAGCCCCCUCAGAAGAGGGCUACAGCUGGCUCAGCUACAACUAAGGAAAAUACAGCCACAAGAGCUAAAGGGAAAUCCGCACCCAAAAACAAACUGAUUGUAGGACAAGCCAAGUUAACAAGCUUCUUCCGUGUAUAAACUUUCAUUUGUACUGUUGAAAAUGUGUUAUGUUUUAGUAAUAUGUGAACAAUUUCUUUCCCCCUUAUUUUAACCAUGUGAUACUUGUGAUAAGAAAUUCGUAACAGGUUUACAUUGCUCAGAUCAGUAUUUUAUUUUGUAUUUUUUAUUUAAUAAAUGUAUGCAAACUAUA